UCUAAUUAAUUACCAUCUAAUCAGACCAUGAUUUGUGGUGGAAAAACAAACAAAAAUCUCCACAAUCUUCCAUGUACACUCUUAUCUCUAACAUUCUCUCUCAAUCAAAUCUCACUACCCUCUUUCUUUCAUCAAUGGUUUUUCAUCUUAGAAAUCUCCUUCAUUUCUAUUACCAUGAUAGCCCAAACCCUUCUCCUCAACAAUCACCUGUUACAUACACUCCCUAUAACAUACUUCAUCAUUUCCAUAUCCAUGAUAUCCACACACUUCGUAUAGCUAUGAUGGCCAUGGCUUGCUUUGUUACUACGAUUAUGCUUUUCUUCUUCUUUUUCAUAUCCAUAAGGAACUAUCAAUCAAGAAGACAUAACCAUACUCGCGAUAGAAGAAACACGCCGGUAUUGUUUGAUGUCCAUGGUUAUAGAGAUUCUACAAUUUCAAAUGAUGAUGAUGAUGAUAAUGAUGGUGAUGAGAGGGUUAUUGUUGAUCAUCCCAUAUGGUUCAUCCGUACGGUAGGGCUUCAACGAUCGGUGAUAGAUUCCAUUACAGUCUUCAAAUACAGAAAAGACGAAGGACUCGUUGAUGGGACAGAGUGUUCUGUUUGUCUAGGUGAAUUUCAAGAGGAAGAGAGUCUCAGAAUUUUGCCUAAGUGUAGCCACGCUUUUCAUAUCCCUUGUAUUGAUACUUGGCUUAGUUCACACAAGAAUUGUCCGCUGUGUCGUGCACCUGUUAUCAAUGAUGCUGCAGAGGUGAGUAUCACAGUCACUGAUCAACUUGAUUCAAUUUCAAAUAUUUCUGGUGACACUCAGAAUCAAGGACAUACAGAAAGCUCUGAUAAUGCUGUUGGGAGAGGAUUAGGGUCACAUAAUGUAGGAGAGUUUGAUAUUAUUAUUAGAGUAGAUAAUGAUGAUGGUGAUUCUGGUGUAUCAUCUAGUGAAAGACCAAAUAAAAAUAAUAUUGCUUAAUUUGUUAGCAAAAUAAAUGGAAGAGGAAAUACAACCUGUGAAGAGGAAAUUUUCCAUGGAAUCAUCUUCUACUUCAAUAAUAUACAUUUCAUGAUCUGUCAAGUUUAAAGAUCAAUGAAUGGUGCUGAUUCAAGGAUUAUUAAGGAAUGGGUAUUGUUCUACUUUUUUUGCAUGUCUUCUAUUUACAAAUACUAGUCCAUCUUUCAGUUUAAGACUUUCCAUAUGCUUGCUUUGUGCAUAUAUAAUAUUCAGCAGCGCAGAAAUAUGGCAACACAGUUUACAUAUAAAAGUUUGAGUAAAUUUGGUAUUUCUACCCUGUUUCCUCUGUUUUACAUUACAAGAUGAGCUUACCACGAUGUAUAUAUCUGCUUUCUUUAUU